AUGAAAGCACAAGCACGCGCCCUCAAAGAGAGCGCGCAGACGGACGAGCGGGUGCAGGCGCUGGAGCAGAGCGUGCAGAGCGCUCUCAGGCUGCCGGGGGACCACCGCGUGCACUUCACCGACCUCCACGAUGCUAUGACCUCUAUGCGCUUCCACGGCAAACCCCUGCCGCAGGACAUCACGGGCUAUUCUCAGACCUGUCCUCCAGACUCGUUGCUGGGGCCCAGCAGCUGGGAUGAGGGCAUGUCGGAGGAGCUGCUGAUGGAGGUGAACCGGGAGGCGACGCGGCGAAUGACUGCGCUGGUGGCGCCCCAAGCCAGCGAGCAACAUGGGCCUGACAUGCUGCGACUCAGCAUGGGACCUCUGUUUGAGCAGAUUGUGGGUCGGAUGGCGGCAGCUGCAGAUGGGGCGGAUGCGUGCCCGCUCUUCAUGUACAGCGGCCAUGACACCACCAUCAUGCCAAUCCUUGCCACUCUGGGGGUGCAGCUCUCUGACUGGCCCGAGUAUGUCAGCAAUGUGAAGGUGUACUUCAAUGUUGGCCCUUGA